AGUUCCAGCGCCAAAGGCUCGAAAACGAAAAACAAGUGAAUCGGACACUCCAUCGACAACAAGAACACGUUACGCCAACAAUAUCAAAGAAGACUUAGAAAAUAAACAGUCUCGAAGAAAAAACCACAAUCGCCUAGUUAAUAAAAAGAAAGUUUUAGAAGAAGCUAACAAUUCGAAAUUUCGAGAAGUAGCUAUUGUAGUUGAGGAUUGCUUGCAGAACGGAUCAUAUUCUGGUAGUCAGGACACUACCGUUUCUGGAACAGAAGACAAAGCAUCAGAAAAUUCUCCAGCAGACGAUUCAAAAGAAGUGCCGUUAAUCGAUGGAUUAAAUGAAAAGUUAGAACCUUCUGACUGCAGUAGUGAUAAAGAAUUAAAAGCCAGUUGUGAUAAUUUAAAUAAUAGAGUUGAACCGGAACAAGUGCAAGAAGAUAGUCUAAUAAGUAAAUUUAGUAAUUAUAGUGAAUCUAUUGUGCAAUCUAUCAGUGUACUCGAUAACGCAAAGGAGAGUAAUGAUAAUACGCGUUGUGAUGCUAGUGUCGACGAGUCACUGAAUGAAAAAGUAGUGCAGGAAAAUAGUGGUGUAGUUGAAGAAGAGUGUGCGAUAGUGGCGAACCACAAGAUCGACCAAAAACAACAGCAGACUCCUGUCAACGUUAGUGGCGAUAGCAUCAGUAUCAUUCUCAACACACCAAGUAAGGGAAGUGAUCGCGAAACGGAUUGCUCAAUUAGAGGUGACGAUGACGGCCCACUGUGUUCGUCCUCACCCCUCAGCAGUAGGAUGGACUUUAACGAGACUCCUAAUUCUCUCCGCUUUGCAGACGACCGUAGCGACUCUGGAGUGAGUUCUCUACGUUCAGGCAGUGGGGAUGAACGCUCUGGAUCCAGGUCCAGUGCUUUAAGUUCAUCAGACGAGCCCAACAGUUUAACAGGGCACUCUUCAUCAAAUUCAGUUCAGUCGCAGCCGGCCUCAACCCGUUCGCCCCUGUUCGUUCCGGCCGGCACCGUCGCCGAGCCGGUUCGUGUCUGGCGCGAUCCCGGCCUGCUCCUUCAAGAGGAGCCCCACGUGCGGCACGUGCACAGCGUGCAGCAUCAGACUCUGCUAAUGUCGCACCCCCAGACCCCAGCAACUGGCCAACAGCCGCCUACUUCGGCGCCAACUAGUCUCUCGGCAGCUUUGUAUCCACCCGUACCAACAAUGGCUCCGCAUCCAUUAGGACACCCUGGAAUACCCAAUGUGGCCAACCAUCCACAUUUACCUCCCCAUCAGUUCUUACAUUCGCCCUUCCCCGAUAUUAUAUGGAACAAGCAAAGGUAUGCCUCCGUUCCUGGUCACAUUUUAGGUAGCCAGCAGUCUGCUCACACUGUUGAAGAUGUUGAAAGAGAACGUGCAAUGCUGCAAGAGCGACAUGCCACUGAAAGAAUAAGGCACCAGCAAGAGCAACAUCACAGAGAAAAAGAAAGGCUGGAAAGAGAGAGACAAGAAAGGGAUAAAAUGGAUAGGGAGCGAGAGAAACAAGAGAGGGAAAGAGAAGAAAAGGAAAGGCAAGAGCAGGCACUGCAUAAUCAUUUCGAAAAAUCGUUGAGGGCUGCACAACAAAAGCGGGAACAACAACAGCAGUGGAAUCAAAUGGGUAGUAGGCAGCAUCAAGCUAGAACAUCAAGCAUAUCAGAGGAGGACAGGAAGCAAGAAAUGCACCAAAGGGAAAGGCAUUUAGCGGCUGUGAGAGCCACUGAAGCUAACCAUAGGUCUUACUACGCUACAGUUCCACCUAAAAUGACCAUGCCAAAAGGAGAGUAUCCACCCCCGCCUGCGCAUAGCCGACUAUCGUCAGGCAAAACGACUGAAAAAAUGACGAAUAUUCAUCCGUCAAUGAUACCAAAAACGGACUUGGCUAUGUAUGGCUACCAAGUCCACCCUUCCGCGAAUGCCUUCUAUGAACCAAAGAAAUCAGAGCACCACAAAACGACCCCUAGCGGUUUAGUGGUGACCAAAACCAACAUGGAUGGUAGGGAUUUGCCUAAUCCUCCACCUUUGAUUAAUGAAGGCAAAAGUUCUGUGAUUGUUAAACAUGAUGCGAAAUCGUCACAUCAUGUAGAACCUAGGGUAUCGAUAGGUUUAAGUCCUAGCCCUAAAAUGAGGAAUGAACUUAUGAGUCAUUACAUAACAGCUUCAGGUGGGGCUGGGCAAAAAGGCAUGUACGAGUAUAGAAGUCCUACUCAAAGCCCUCACCAUUUGAACCCUCACGCUGCUAGUCCACACCAUCAUUUAGAAGCAAAAUCUGGUUCUCACCAUCGAUCCAGUGGGCAGUUGCCUAGUCCGCACCACCAAAGACAGUCACCACAUGGUCAAAUGCAUCCCCAUAGUCAACAGCAUCCUUCUCCAGAGCUUCGGUACAGGCAAGAAGCUGGAGCUGCAGCUCAAGCUAUGAUUUUUCCCAGUUCAGCCAAAGCAAACUACUCGUUUCUUCCUUCAUCUACGUCAGCAUUUACUAUGGCUUCAACACCAACAUCUGCAGGAACAAAACCUAAAGUUUCUUCUCCUGCGCCACAUCAUAUUUAUGGCAAACCAACUGCAGUUAGUGUGGUACCUGUAACAAGGCCUCAUGACUCGCAACCGCCAAUGUCUAUGCAUAAACCUCCGAUAGGAGCAAGUAUAUCGCCAUCUCCUUAUCAGCAAGUUUCUCAGUACCAUGCCCCAGUAAUGGUUCCAACUCCACCAAUAAAUACUUGCCCACCGCCAGCUCAUAGUAGUCGGACGACUUCUGCAAUGAAUUACGAGAGGCUACCUUAUCCUACAAGCAUACCACCAGCUAGUUUAUCUGUGAAACUUUUAAAUCAACCUGGAACGUCGCCUCCAACAGCAGCGUCCGCUCCUUUGCAUACCUCACGCUCGCAUCCAAGUUAUAGCAUAUCCCCUGGACCUUUAGGUAUACAGCAGCAAGUCCAAACUCAACCUUUGGAUUUGGGAGUCAGCUCAAAUAAAUCAAACGAUAAUGGCCAACCAACUUCACCAAAAAGAAAAAGCACCCCAAUAGGUACGCCCGUGUGCCUCGAAGUUAAAAAGCGAAGAGUCGAAACUCCUCCUGGCAUGAUACCAGGUAUGCAGCCGAACCUUAAGAAUUUUAUCAACAGUGUGCCUGCUAUGAACCUGGUGGCCCAAUCCAGCAUGUCUGGACAGCCACAAUUGGCCAGAGUUAGUGAGCCUAGUCCACUGAUUGCUAGUGUGGCUACUACGAUAACGACUUUGGUUAAUACUGCUGCUUAUAGGGCUCCAAUUACAACCACACCGAACCUAUUAGGUGGUACCCAGUCGCCCAUUUUACUAACUGAAAACCUCCCUGACUUAAGUGUCACUGCUGUAACUGUAGAACUACCUAGACCAGCCAGUACAGACUCUACACAUUCCAUUCCCCUUCUCAAACCAGGAACCCCUUUAGGCUUACCUCCUAGCUCCAGUCCUGCGCCAUCUAGAAGCACUGGUACUCCUAAUAGUUUGCCACCUAAACCGAGCACACCUAACCCGUGCCUAACACCGACUAGCAUCGCAAGUGGAAGUAGUGCCUCUAAUUCAAAUAAUAGUGUACCUAUGACUGUUAAUAACGGCACUAGUGGUACUAGUACUCCAAAUAUCUUUACGAAUACCUCAAAUACGGGGAUCAAUGACGGUGCUCCGACGCCUCCAGUGUCUGAAGAAAGUCCAGGAACUCCUAGUAAGUUUGGACCUGUGACUCCAAGCGUUGUGGAUUCGGAAAAGAGUAAUAGUCCUGGACCACAGAAGACUUCUGCGGGGACAUAUCCAGUUAGACAUUUGAAAAAGGCCUGGUUACAAAGACACACGGGAGAAGAUUUAGAAGACACUACUGGAGUGACAGGCUCCGGUAGCUGCGUAACCCUACCCCUAAACAUCAGUACCCCUAGUCCUCCACCUGUAAUAAAAAACGAGAACCCAGUAAAUUCCAUCCAUUCCAUAGGAAGCAUGGCAGUCAAUAGCAUCAAUAAGUCUAAGCAUUUUUCGCCAAAGCCUGUUAAUCGAAAACCCAAAGAAAACAACGUUAAUGGACAUCCGAACGAAUCGGCAAAGAACGCUGACGAUUCGUCCAGUUCUGAUCCGGAACGGGGUGGAAGGAAAAGCCCACCUAAAAGAAAACCGCCGAAAGUGAAACGGAAAAAAGGUGGAGGAGGGAAUGCUUUAGCCAAAAAAGUAGCAGAAGAAAAAAAAAGAAAAAGUGAUAAAGUGCCUCCUCAAAGUGAGAGUGGUAGUGAGAGCGAGAAAGAAUCAGAUAGCGCAAAAGACAGCGAUUCUGGUGCAAGUACAAUAGUCUCUGGAGCCGGAAUCGGAAAAAAGCCUGGAAAAGAACCGAGAAAACGGGGCCGAAGACCAAAGAGUUCAAAAAACGACAAGGGCGAGGAGCCGCGCGCUAAGAAACUUAAGGAAGAGCCCCCGCGCGACCCCUUUCGCAAACCCCCAGUGGGCCAGCUGAAGAAGACAGGCGAAAGUUUUUUACAGGACGGACCUUGUUUUGAGGUAGCUCCAAAACUAGCCAAAUGUAGAGAAUGCAGAUGGACGCCUAAUCAAAGAUCUAGAAACAUGCCAAACAUUUUUUGUCGCUUCUAUGCAUUUAGGAGGCUAAGGUACACUAAAAACGGACAAUUAGCUAUUGCUGGUUUCAGUGAUCCUCAUAAGGAUGCUUUAGAGGACGACAUUAAAUUAUGGCUACCUAACACUGAGAAUCCACCAUCAGAUUUGGACUUGGAAACUUCCAAGUUUUUGCUAAUGCAAGUUGGCGAUCAUUUUUGUGAUCUUUUAGUACAAGAAAAAGACGCCCACGAAGAGCAUAUAUCUGAUGAUAAAACAGUCGCCUGGAAGAGAGUUGUUCAAGGUGUAAGAGAAAUGUGUGAUGUUUGUGAAACCACAUUAUUCAAUUAUCAUUGGGCGUGCGGAAAAUGUGGUUUCGUGGUGUGUCUAGAUUGUUACAAAAGUCGUAAAAAUGGUACAACAAAAAGUUCAAAUGACCCAGGCAAAGACCGUGACGAAUUCAUGUGGUUACUUUGCACAAAUCGUUCCUCACACGAGCAGGAAAAACUCAUGCUAACCCAAAUAAUUGCAGAUGAUUGUUUACUUAAACUAGGAAAAAUGGUCCAUGAGAUGAGGGAAUUGUGGUCCAUUGAGCAAUUCUGCGGUUGUCCCGGCUCCAAAGAACCCAAAGUCAACAAUGUAGAAUGCAGAGAAGCAGUUAAAAGUAUAAUGGCUGAAAAACUGAAUGGACUAAAGAAAGAGAUUAAGGAAGAGCCAAAACCUGCUAUCAAUGGUGUGAAAGAUGAAAAACAAUCAUCUUUAAAUUAUCUGGCUGAUAUUGCUUUAUCAAAAUCUGAAGAACCUGUUAUCAAAAAAGAACCAAAAGAAGAAAGUUCUGGUAGCGAAGAGGAAGAUAACUUUUCAACUCUAAGAGAACUACUUAUCCGGCCAAGUCAUAAAGCGAAUGGAUCUUCAAGAGCUGCGUCCCCAGUAUCAAAAGGAGACAAAAAGAAAACUAAAUCCGAAAAUAAUGACAACGAUCCAUUGUUGUUUGGACAGGAUAACUCUCCUACUCGCUCGCCUAUUAAACAAGAAAAAGAUGAGCAAGAUUUGAAAAAAGAACUGAAACAUUUUGUUAGAAGAUAUAAUUGGCUGAAUAGGGGCCGUCAGCAAGCUCCAAUCAGAAUAAUGACUCUAACAGAGAGUAAAAUUUUGUAUCCGAAUGUUCCACAUAGUUGGCUGUGCGAUGGCAAGCUUUUGCGGCUGAGCGAUCCAGUUUGCAAGGACAACAACAAAAUUUUCCAGGAACAAUGGAAACGAGGUCAACCUGUGAUAGUAUCUGACGUCUGUAAGACGAUAGACAAAAGUCUAUGGAACCCAGAAGCAUUCGCCCGUGAUUUUGGCGACGAAAAGAACGACCUUGUAAAUUGCAUGACUGGAAACAUAGUUCCAAAUCAGCCUAUGCGCAAAUUCUGGGAGGGGUUCGAGGAGCCGUCAAAACGAUUGAAAGACGACCGAGGACUGCCAAUGCUGCUGAAACUUAAAGACUGGCCUCCGGGUGAGGACUUUGCGGAAAUGCUACCCGCGAGAUUCCAAGACUUAAUGCAAGUGCUGCCUUUGCAAGAAUAUACAAGACGUAGUGGUAAACUUAAUUUAGCUUCCCGUUUACCUGAUUGUUUCGUCAAGCCAGAUUUAGGGCCUAAAAUGUACAAUGCCUAUGGUACAGCUUUACAUCCGAACAAAGGAACUACGAAUCUACAUUUGGACGUCAGUGAUGCUGUAAAUGUUAUGGUUUACGUUGGUGUACCACAAGACGGCGAUUCUGAUGAACAUAUUAAAGAAGCAUUCCGAGCUAUCGAUGAAGCUGGAUGUGAUAUUUUAACUAGACGACGGGUGCGCGAUAAAGGCGAACUACCUGGUGCUUUGUGGCACAUUUAUAGCGCGCGUGACGCUGAUAAAAUCAGAGACUUACUAAAUAAAGUUACAGUGGAACGGGGUGGACGAUUAGAGCCACACAACGACCCUAUUCACGAUCAAAGUGGUUAUUUAGAUGGUCCUCUACGUGAAAGACUUUACAAAGAAUACGGAGUUGAAGGUUACGCGAUUGUACAGUGCCUGGGAGAUGCUGUUUUUAUUCCAGCAGGCGCUCCCCACCAAGUCCGCAACUUACACAACUGUAUCAAAGUAGCUGAGGAUUUUGUCAGUCCCGAAAAUGUGGCUCACUGUUUCCACUUGACCCAAGAAUUUCGUGAACUUAGCGACACCCAUUCUAAUCACGAGGAUAAAUUGCAAAUUAAAAACAUUAUUUACCAUGCCGUUAAAGACGCUUUGAGCACUUUAGGUUCGAUAAUAAAUAAAAAACUAGGCCGUCGCGCCGUUGCACUUGAUAAUCUUGAGUCUUCGGCCGAUGGCGAUUCUGUGUGAUAUAUUAUAUUAUCGUCGCUUAUAGCUCAAUAAUUUUCUAUUUGUUUGUCUGGUGUUUUGGCAAGGUUUUUUGAAGAUUUUGAAGCCGGAAUAAUUUGAUGAAUAAACCAAAGAAUGUCUUCAAAAUUAUGGGUUUUCAAUUCAAUUCUUAGAUUAAACUCUGAUGGUAGUCUUAUUCAUCUAAAUUAUUUAUCCUUCAAUAUCACUUGUCAAAAACCAAUAAUUGUCUUAUAAGAAUAAAAUAUCCGGGCUAUUAGUGUGAAUUUAAAAUUUAAAAAAAUGUACAUACGGCCUUAGGCCUAGCCGGUCCCGUUUCCUCACUUGUACAUAGGAUAGAGAAGACCCUGUACAAAGCAGACUUUAAAUUCGGUUGCAAGUUGCACGGUAAAACUUCCUGUUGUAGAUUUUCUGUGUCCAUUCCAGGCACACCAACUUGUAUUUAGCCUGUUUAAACUUUUUGUCUGAUGUUAUUUAAAGUCGAUUUUUGUGUAACCUUAUCAAACACUCUUUUUUGUUUUGUCCUAAGGAUUUUAAUAUUUGAAUUUUUGAUUUGUUUAUCAAGAGUGUUUAAUAAUAGGUGAAAUUAUUUAAAUGUAAUCUAUCAAGUAUCAGUGUUAUUUUCAAAAUCUUGUAAUACUGUGCCUAUUCGAAAAAAUGUAUUUUUAGCUAAAGAAAAUUGAUAUUUGAAAAUUUACCCAAAACUCGCUGCUGUGGAGAUAUUUGUGGGUUUCGUGAUUAUUAAAAACAAAAACAAACUUUAAACCUAAAAGUGCUAUUUUAAAAAGUGCCAAUUGAACUAAUUAGGCAAAAGUUCUUGUUUUGUUUUUUUUUUUGGAAAAUAGUUUUGUUGAGAGAGGGGGAAUGGAAAUUUAAUUAUAGGUUUACUGACAAAAACUGUCAAAGUGAUCUCGAUUCUAUUGUGUAUUUUGUUAAACAAAACAACGAUUUAUUUCUUUUUAAUUUUCAACUUCAACUUACUUAGGUGUAGGUUGAGACUCGUCAAGGCAAAUUGUCCGUCAAUUUUUGUUGUUGUAAAGUUUAGUUAUUAACUUCGUAUAUAUAUGUGUAUAUUGUUUCUAAAAAAAAAGAACAGUAAUUUAUUUGCUUACAAGUUAUAUUUGUACAGUCUAGAUUAUAAGUUUUGUACAGAAAGUGUUUUCCUUUUUCAUCCCUUUGGGAUAUAAUUUUUUUGUACUAUGUAUAUUAUGUAAGAAUAUAGGUUUGAAUAAAAAAUGUUUAUUACAA